CUACGGUCCAUAGGUUUGAAUGGAACAGCAGGUGCCUCAGUAACUUCUUACUGCACCUGAGAAACAUACGUAGUUACGUGCAUAAGGUGAAUCUGUGUUUCAUCCUGUCCUGCUACAUACUGUAACUUCACAAUUCCACGUCCUCAACAUAAGGACUGACACAGGAAAAAAACCCAUACAUACAUACUCCAUACAAUGUCUGCCGAUGAGUGUAUAACACCGAGUGAUUCCACGGAAAUUCCUGUCUCUGGAUAUGGAUCUGUUAAAACUGAAGAAUAUCAGACUGUAGCACUCAAUGACUCCAAAAACCAUCCGAAUGGAAAUUGUUCGUUCUCUGUAAAGAGUAACACAGACGAUGAACCGGCUAUACCAUUGAAGGCUGGAGAUGUGCGUCUCGCUCCAGCCGAAAAGCUGUGGAGCACAGCCAGAGACAAGGCUGUCAAACUGAGGAUGGAAGAAUCGGAACUCGGAUCAGAACCUCCCAUGACGGUCCAUCAGAUGUUCAUGGCUACAGUGCAGAAGUACGGAGACUAUCCUGCCCUCCGUGGGAAGAAAGAUGGAACAUGGGUCACCCUGACCUAUAAGGAGUACUAUCAACAUUCAAGAGCGGCAGCCAAAAGCUUUCUGAAGCUUGGCCUGGAGCGAUUCCAUGGUGUCGGAAUUCUGGGCUUCAAUUCUCCUGAAUGGUUUAUUGCAGAUGUCGGAUGUAUCCUAGCAGGGGGACUGGCCACUGGAAUUUACACCACCAACUCCCCAGAGGCCUGCCACUAUGUUGCUGAUAAUUGUGAAGCUAAUGUUCUAGUGGUUGAAAACAACAAACAACUGAUCAAAAUCCUCCAGGUCAGGGAUCAGCUGCCACAUUUGAAGGCUAUUGUUCAGUACAAGGGUGAACUGGAGCAGAAGUUACCAAACGUAUACACAUGGGCUGAAUUUAUGAAGCUGGGAGAGAAUGUCCCUGAUGCUGAGCUGGAUGUGGUGAUAGACAGUCAAAAGGCCAAUGAGUGCUGCACAUUGAUAUACACCUCAGGCACCACAGGGAAUCCCAAAGGGGUCAUGCUCAGCCAUGAUAAUAUCACAUGGACAGCCAAUGCAGCAGGUCACAUGGUCAGGCUGAAGAUGGGUGAGGAGGAAGUGGUGAGCUACUUGCCUCUGAGUCACGUGGCGGCCCAGGUCCAAGACAUGUGGAUCUCCAUGAGGUUUGCCGCCGUAACCAAUUUCGCCGAGCCAGAUGCCCUGAAGGGCUCCCUGGCCAACACUCUUAGAGAGGUGCGUCCCACAGGCUUCUUGGGAGUUCCCAGAGUGUGGGAAAAAAUGCAAGAAGCAAUGAAAGCCGUUGGUGCGAAGUCAUCCGUCAUGAAAAAGAAGAUUGGUGACUGGGCAAAGGGGAUUGGACUUCAAGCAAGCUAUAAUGCCAUGAAUGGUGAUUCUUCAGUGCCUUGGGGCUUCACAUUGGGCAAUAAUCUGGUUUUCAAGAACGUGCGAAAAGCUCUGGGUCUUGACCGCUGUAGAGCCUGUUACACUGGUGCCGCUCCCAUCACCAAAGACACACUGGAGUACUUCAUGAGCCUUUACAUCCCUGUCUUUGAGCUGUACGGCAUGAGUGAGAGCACCGGACCUCACUCCAUCUCCUGUGCUGAGGAUUAUCGCAUUAUGAGCUGUGGUAAGGUGUUGAAAGGCUGCAAAACCAAGUUAGACAAACCAGAUAGUGAUGGGAAUGGUGAGAUCUGUUUCUGGGGGAGGCAUGUGUUCAUGGGAUACCUGAACAUGCCAGACAAGACUGAGGAGGCACUGGAUGCAGAAGGGUGGCUCCACUCAGGAGACCUGGGCAAACAUGACAGCGAUGACUUCCUGUACAUCACUGGCAGAAUAAAAGAAUUAAUCAUUACUGCUGGUGGAGAAAACAUACCCCCUGUCCCUAUUGAGGACUCCCUAAAGGAAGAGGUGUCAAUCAUCAGCAAUGUCAUGUUGAUUGGAGACAAAAAGAAGUUCCUCUCUAUGCUACUUACACUCAAGUGUAACACUGAUGACAAUGGGGACCCCACAGAUGAAUUAACACCACUAGCGGUGGAGUUUUGUCGGCAGCAUGGUGUAGUUGCCAGCAAAGUCUCAGAGAUCAUUAACAAAAAAGAGCCAGCCAUUUACAAAGCCAUCCAGGAGGGCAUAGACCGAGUGAAUGCCAAAGCGACAUCCAAUGCCCAGAGAGUCCAGAAGUGGACCAUCCUUCCACGAGACUUCUCCAUAUCUGGUGGAGAACUUGGUCCAACCAUGAAGCUCAAAAGGCCUGUUGUCAGUAAAAUGUAUCAAGAAGAAAUCAACAAAUUUUAUGGUGAAUAACAGAAGAACCCAAAUGAAACGGAAUUAAGCGGAAGACUACACUUGCCAUUGUUCAGUAACAUGUAUUUUGCUCACUCCAGGACUUCCAAUGGACCUCACUAUAACACCGCUCACUGUCCUCAGUCAAACUUUAUACCAUUUUAUACCAAUUGAUUCAUUACCUUCUAUCAAUUAAUCAGCUUUCUAAUCUAUCUGUCAUUAUAACUGGUUCUGUAUAUUCUGUACCAUAUAUGCAAUUGGAGUUUGACUGUAUGGAAGUGCUAUUACUGUGCAAUUACUGUGCAUAUUACUGUCUUAUCUGUGAAGAAGUUCGGAAGUUCAUUCACUCAGCUUUUGAUUGAGUGUACUGUUCUGUGAUCAGUCUGCUUGUACACUAAAUAUUGUUGGUACUUCAAACAGUUACAGUGUAACUGUACAGAAACAGAUGUGUGAUGAAUGUUUGUCCUCUUACUGUUCAAAUUUCACCCAGCACAUUGAAUAUUUAUGAGAGUGGAGAUUGUCAGUAUAUAAAUAAAUAAUAGCCUAUAUUAGAACUCCAUGAGUAAAGUAUGCAUUUGUAUGUAUUUGUUUUCUUCCUUGUAUGUACAGUGCACAGCAUAAAUGAGUACACCCCCCUCUGAACAAAUA